AUGGCUAAAAAUCCAAAAGACACAACUUCAACUAAGUGUUUUUCAAGCAUUUUUCAAAGGCUUAUUUGUGGUGGAAGUCUACCAACACACCCUUGUGAUCUAUUUAAAGAACCAAAGAGAACAACUUCAUAUGAGGCAGCAAAUAGUAACAAAUUAGUUGGAGCAGCAUCCAAUAGUCCAGGAAUUGUGGCAAGGCUAAUGGGAUUAGAGUCAUUACCUAAAGAAGAAGUUGAAAAAAGUAAUUUUGGUUCAUUUUCAAGAAGCAAAUCAGUUAAUUCACUAGAUUACUUGAUGCAGUUUGAUCUAACUCAACAAUUUCAUCAUAGAAGAGUUAGAACAUCUGUAUCUUUUCGCGAUAUCCCGAAUCUUGAUCAUCAAGAGUUCAAGUCUGAGUAUUUAGUGUUCUGCUUCAAUGAGAAUCAAGAAAUGAUGAAGCCAAAGAAAAAGAGACAAAAUGUUGAGAAGAAAGAAGUUAGUGGAAAACAAAACAGGAUAAUUGGUAAUAAGGUGAAAAAACAAGUGAAGUUUGAGGAUUAUCCUACAAAAAUGUGUGUUGAAUCUAAGAAGAAGAGAAAGAGCAAAUGUGUAGUGUCUACCAAGAUUCAACCUUUAUUUAAUAAUUCAGCAGAUUUAAGUCCAAUUCAUCUUCAACAAGCUACAGCUACUAUACCUGCAGAGGGGAAAAUGCAGCUAAAUUCAAGAAAGUCUCCAGCUGAACAUGCAAUCAAAAGCAAAGUGGAGAAACAAAAGGAGAUUAGUAAAGAGACAGAUCAUUACAUAAAAGUGGUUGGAGAAAUUUGCAGAUUAACAGAAGAAGAGUUAAAUGAGUCACAUUGGAUAACAACAAUUAGAACUGGAGAAAACAUCAGCUUUGAAGAUUUAUGCCAACAAUUUGGACAAGAAGUUCUUCAACUGUUAAUAGAUCAACUAGUCGAUGAACUCGUAAUCUUUGCACAAUGAACAUAU